AUGGAGUUCUCUUUGGAAAUCAAAAGACCUACUGUCAAUUUUGGUUUUCAUUGUCUAAGUACCCUGGACAAAGACCGUCAACCCCAGGAACUAAUCACCUUCCAAUCAACAUUCCUAAAGAAUAAUCAGGAAGAGAUUCGCAUGACCAAAGCAUCGGAAGCCAUCGUUUUCGAGAAGUUACCUUUGAUUCGGGUACUAUUUGACUCAAAACUCAAUGGGACAUUGAAAGACGACAAAGAUCAAAUUUGUUAUGAUCCAGAGCACACGAAAACGGAAAGGGCCGCAUUGCCCAGGAUCCCGGGAAAAAUAGUCUAUAUCUAUAAUCUAAUCCAGUCGAGCUUCAAGAAUAGAGGACGGGAACACGAAAAAAUUGCGAAAUGGAACGUUGGAACGCUUUGGACAAUGAUUGAUUGCCUGGUACGCUUCUUGGAUGGGAAACCUCUACCUCUCGAUUCUAAGAUGGGUCUUAUGGAAAAACACUGGGACCUCGAAUUGAUAGGUAUCAAGGUACUGGCAAUAUACCUUGGAUGCACUGAGAUAAAUGAUAAAGCUGUGCGUAACGAGUUGAUUUCAUAUAUGCGCCGGCUUCCUAUCCCAGGAUUCACAAACUCUAGCAUUUCCUUGGAGAAAACAUCCGAAACAAUGAACCAUGCAAAGAUGUUUGAUGGAAAAAACUACAGACAAGCUGAGAUCAUUGACUUGACCGCAGAAGAUCAAAUUGGUGCUCCGAAGACUUUGAAGAAGAAAAUGCAAUCAACACCCAAGUCGCAGAAGUUGAACACAGGCCCAUUGUCUUCCGUUUCAAAGAACUUGGAGAUAGAAUCCCCACAAGCUUCUACAAUAAAAAAUUCUGUUCAAGCAGCUCCGUCAAAGUUAAAUUUGCAGAAGUUAAAAAAGGCGAACCUACCAGCUGCUACUCUGCGUAAAUCGGAGAAUCCAAUUAAACCAAACUCAACUGCGCAGAGACAAAAGAAGUCAACACGACCAUGUCCCGCUCAACAGAAGCUCAACCAAUAA